AAGUUUAUAAUCAUUAUUCAUCUUCACCUGGCAAAAUUCCAUUACAUAUUCAAUCAAUCUUAAAAAAAUCAAUUGAACAAGAAACUGAAAAAUCAACAGAUAUUAGUGUUAAAAAUAUUUGUUCAGCAUAUAAGAAAAUGUUUAUUUCAUUUUUUAAUUAUAUUGAAAUAUUAACAUCUCAAAAACUUCAAUUUCAACAUAUUUAUAAUACUGGAUUAGGUUUUAUUGUUGUUAAUUUAAAUUUGGCUCAAGCAAAAGUUUAUUUUCAAAGAACUAUUCAUAAUAGUAAUUAUUCUAAUAAAGCAAAAAGUUUAAUGAAUGAAUUAAUUAAUCAAACUAAUAAGGAAGAUAUUCAACAAUUGUUUAAAGCUUUGGAAAAAUUAAAUGAACUAAAAAUACAAGAUUGGAUUUCAUUUUAUAAAACUCCUUGGAUUUUAGUAUUAUUAACACAAGCUUAUACUAAAAUGCUAACUAAUCUAUGGAAUUCUACUCCAUUUGAUACCAAUAUUGCUGAAUCUGCAUAG